AUGGCGGAGAACAGUGACACACUUCUACAACUCGCUCAACUUGGCUACAGUAUGAUCGCACCAAUUGUGCUCACCGGGUACACCCUUUCUCAAUGUGGUGGAAAGAAGAAGAAGGGCGGUGCAGCAUCGGCUGGUGGAGCAGAAGAGAAAUCUGGAGGUGGUGCAUCGCAGAAGAGUGAAAAGAAGAAUGACGAUAAACCAGCAGGAGGAACUGAGAAACCAGGUGAAGCUGGUCCAAAAGCACCGACGGAUAAGAAUGCGGUAGCUGGAACACAUGACCCAAAUUAUCAAACUCUUGCUAAUGUUGACGGAAAUGUGUUCCAAGAGAAGGGAGCUGCUGGUGGAGCUGCUCCAGCGGCAGGAGGAGCUGCUCCAGCUGCAGGAGCACCUAAGCCUGGAGGUCCUGGAAUGGCUGCUACACAUGAUCCAAACUACCAAACUUUGGCUGGAAUCGGAAAUGAUUGCUUUGACAAGAAAGACGGUGGUGCUAAACCGGCUGCAGGUGGUGCUGCUCCAGCGGCUCCAAAGCCGGGAGGUCCUGGAAUGGCUGCAACUCAUGACCCGAACUAUCAAACGCUGGCUGGAAUCGGAAACGAUUGUUUCCAGAAGAAGUAG